GUGAGCAGCUCCCUGAUCUGCCGCGCACUGCGCUUCCGGCAGCAGAUGGAGCUGGCCACGGCCACGGAGGUGGUACUCCGCUACGAGAAAGCCACAGCGCCACCGGUGCUGCUGCUGCUGGCACUGAGGGACGGUGAGAAACUGCUGGGCAUGGCGCUGCUGAACCUCUGCCGUGAAGCGGUGAAG